UAUGUUUAAAGUACAGCGAGAUGUCUUAAGGGAAGUAGCUAAGAGAGACGAAAAAGAAAUUCCAUCUCUGCUGGAAAAAAUUUCUGAAGAUAAAACAUUAAGUGGACCUGGAAGGGGGAAAAUCCGUUAUAUUGGAGGAUAUGUACUCGCAAAGUUGAAAUACAGAAACUCUCGUGUAGUCAAGCGAUCAGCCUUUGCCCCUGGAAAGGAAGAAGUGAUGGAGGAGUGUGAACGUCAGAAGAUCCUCCUUAACUCUCUGUGUUCAACAGAAGCAGAUUUAAUUGACAACACUUCUGAUCCAGAAAGCCUGCUUGAAACAAAAAGAAAACAGAAUAUGUCUGGAAGCCUGUGUAAUAUUAGUGAUCAAACGUUUAACUUUUUUCAACAAUUAGAAUUGAAAUCCCGGCAAUUAUUUACAUAUGAAAAACUUGUUGACACCAAAUCAAAAUUUUUUGAAGUUGUGAAAAAUUUGUUACUUGAUGAUUUCCACUCAAAAAGCUCCUUUUCAGACUUGUUCAGAAACUUAAAGGAGGAAGACAGUGAUCAUGACAAUGAAUGUGUUUUUUGUGACCAUUGCAAGACUUGCAAAACACUGGUGUAUUUGUACAAGGAAAUCAUGAGUCUGUUUAUCAAAGUUUCAAUGAAUCAAUUUAGGAAGGAUUUCUUGAGAGCACUCUCUGUGGAAAAAUCAAAAGCAUUAAGACAGAAACUGAAAAAUAGGGAAGAUAAAAACAAAAAAACAUUUAAUUUAAAAGAGGUCCCAAAUGACAAUUCAGUUAAUAAGUUAGCUUCUCACCUAAAAAUAAAAAGUGAAAUGUUGAGGCAGCCUAAUUUUCUGGAAAAAAACCUGCACAAAAUCACAGCUACUAGAUCUUUGCAAUGCAUAUGAAGUAAAGAUUGCUAACAACAAGAAGAAAGCAGAAAUCAACCAGGCAUUGGUGAAGGCAGUACUAGAAGCAGACUUUAUGAAAAAUCCAGAUGCUCUCAAACCCAGGGGAUCUAAUAAUCCAGACCUUACAGAACUAGUCAGCCUGGGAUCUUCUGAAGCACAGGCAGUUGAAGCAAAUGUGAACCAACCAGGAACUACUGUUACCAUUCAAGAGCCACAAGGGUCACAUUCAAAGCAAGGGGUUGAUCCAUGUCAAAGCAAUCCAGCUGGCAAGUUUAUUUCAAGCCCAGAGUUCCCAAUUGAAUGCCCUGGACCCAGUACAUCAAAUUCUUUUCCGUUGGAGGAAAAUGAAGAUCCAGAUGUAAUCACAAAAUCAUCAAGGGUAAAAGGUUGCAGUAAACGAAAACCGUCAAAAGGCAAGGGUAAAGCCAAGGCAAAGAAGAAAAAAGUUAAAUUCCCAUGUGGAGGAUGCAGUUAUGAAUGUAUAGAAAAUGCUAUAGCAUGUGAUGGUUGUGAUGAUUGGUACCAUUUUCAGUGUGUUGAUAUUGACCCAGAAAAUACACCAAAUGAAUGGUAUUGUCAGCAUUGCAAAAUGUAAGUAUGAUACUUUGCCUAUCGGUUCUUUAACUCAUAAUUGAUCAAUGAAUUAUUUUUAUUUCACAUAAAAUUAUAUAUAUAUAACAAGGUAAAUCUUAAUUAAAUCUACCGGUAUAAACAAUUUUUCCAAUUCAUCAAACCAUUUUGACACUUUAUGUUUGGGUGCAACAUUAAUUGUAAUGGUGCAUGAUUUAUAUAGUGUACUCACCUUGACCUUAAAAUGACAUUGGAUCAGCUGGUGCCUUGACAUCUCCAGCAUUAGACUUCUUUGAAAUUGAUGGCUGACCAAGUAUAACAGAAUUCAUGGUUCUACAGUAUGUAAGGUAAGUGGGGUUUGUAUUGUUUCCUUGGAAAAUUCCCCUCUGUUGUGAGAACAAGUUUUCAAUUAUAUCAGAGUUUACUCGGCUUGGCACAAUCGAACAUGAUUUUUUUUUUCCAGUUUAUAUUCACAUAAUUCAUAAAAACCAAUCAGCAGAGAUGUUAUAUCAGCUCUUGUCUGAUGAGAUAUCAGACAUUUUUCCUUGUCUUUUAUGCUGGUGUCAGAUUUAAUAGUUUUUUCCCAUUGUAGGAACCAGUCUAAUGCAGUUUUGUUUUGUACGAGUCUUUGAUCUGACCUGUCUGUGAUGGGACGUGUAUCUCGAAAGUUUUCAACAAGAACACUUGUGUGAGUUAGUAGCUCAAUGGUGCUGUUGAGAUGGUCACUGCUUUUCAAGGAGAUAGCAUAACACUGGACCAGAUGGAGCAUAUCCUUAUCUAGAACUUCUUCAGCCAGAUGUGAGUAGUCCAUUAUAAAGAAGAUAUUCUGAGACAAAGAAGAAAACACAUUCUGAAUUCGCAUACUAGGAGAGGUGGAG